AUGGGUAUAUCACGGCGUCCCAGAGAUAAGUCGAGCCGGAACGCCCAGGCCGGGGCAGGAGGCGCUUCGGGCAGCGCAAAGCCCAAGAAGGCCACCUUUGAAACUAGCAAGAAGAAGGAGGUCGGUGUUUCCGACCUAACGUUGCUGAGCAAGGUCUCCAACGAAGCCAUAAACGAGAACCUUAAGAAACGAUUCGAAGGCGCCGAAAUCUACACCUACAUCGGCCAUGUCCUGGUGUCGGUCAACCCCUUCCGCGACCUGGGCAUCUACACCGACCAGGUCCUCGACAGCUACAGGGGCAAGAACCGUCUGGAGAUGCCGCCCCAUGUCUUCGCUAUUGCCGAGUCGGCUUACUACAACAUGAAGGCCUAUAACGAUAACCAGUGUGUCAUCAUUUCGGGCGAGUCGGGUGCCGGCAAGACCGAGGCCGCCAAGCGCAUCAUGCAGUACAUUGCCAACGUCUCGGGCAGUGGCUCCGGCGAUAUUCAGCAGAUCAAGGACAUGGUGCUGGCCACCAACCCGCUGCUCGAGUCCUUUGGAAACGCCAAGACACUGAGGAACAACAACUCGUCCCGUUUCGGCAAGUACCUCCAGAUCUACUUCAACGGCCAAGGCGAGCCGGUUGGUGCCGACAUCAACAACUACCUUCUCGAAAAGUCACGAGUCGUCGGCCAGAUUGCCAACGAGCGCAACUUUCACAUCUUUUACCAGUUCACCAAGGGCGCCUCGCCGCAAUACCAGCAGACCUUUGGUGUCCAGGGUCCCGAAACCUACGUCUACACGAGCCAAUCCAAGUGUUUCGAUGUUGACGGAAUCGACGACCUGGCCGAAUUUCAAGAUACACUUAACGCCAUGAAGAUCAUCGGUGUAACCCAGCCCGAGCAGGACAGUAUCUUCCGCAUGCUGGCUGCCGUUUUGUGGAUUGGCAAUAUCCAAUUCCGCGAGGACGAUGGCGGUUAUGCUGAGGUCGUGGACAGGUCUGUCGUCGACUUUGCCGCCUAUCUUCUCGAGGUAACACCCGACCAGCUCAUCCAAGGCAUCACCAUCCGUAUCCUGACACCUCGAAGUGGUGAAGUCAUUGAGUCCCCAGCCAACCCUGCCCAGGCCUCAGCCACCCGGGAUGCACUAUCCAAGGCCAUUUACAGCAACCUCUUUGACUGGAUCGUCAGCCGCAUCAACAAGUCCCUCAAGUCGCGUCAGUCCACGUCUAACACGAUUGGCAUCCUGGAUAUCUACGGGUUCGAAAUAUUCGAGAAGAACAGUUUCGAGCAGCUCUGCAUCAACUAUGUCAACGAGAAGCUCCAGCAAAUAUUCAUCCAGCUCACUCUCAAGACAGAGCAGGAAGAGUAUGCGAGGGAGCAGAUCGAGUGGAAGCCUAUCAAGUACUUUGACAACAAGGUCGUGUGCGAGCUCAUUGAGCAGGUCCGACCCCCGGGUGUCUUCUCGGCCAUGAAGGACGCUACCAAGACAGCCCACGCCGAUCCCGCCGCCUGCGACCGUACCUUUAUGCAGACUGUCAACUCUAUGUCGCACGCUCACUUGACACCACGUCAAGGAAACUUCAUUAUUAAACAUUAUGCCGGCGACGUGUCCUACACUGUUGACGGAAUCACGGAUAAGAACAAGGACCAGCUUCUCAAAGGUCUUCUGAACCUCGUCGAGCAUAGCGGCAACAGCUUUGUCCACACUUUGUUCCCUCAGCAGGUUGAUCAAGACAACCGGAAGCAGCCCCCUUCCGCUGGCGACCGUAUCCGCACGUCCGCCAAUGCUCUUGUCGACACCUUGAUGAAAUGCCAGCCGUCGUACAUUCGUACCAUCAAGCCCAACGAGAACAAGUCGCCUACCGAAUAUAACGGCCCCAAUGUUCUUCACCAGAUCAAGUACCUUGGCCUGCAGGAAAACGUCCGUAUCCGUCGUGCUGGUUUUGCCUACCGCCAGUCGUUCGAUAAGUUCGUGGAUCGAUUCUUCCUCCUGUCUCCAGCGACAUCGUACGCUGGUGAGUACACCUGGGACGGUUCGUACGAGGAAGCUACCAAACAGAUCCUCAAGGAUACGAGCAUCCCCAAGGAGGAGUGGCAGAUGGGUGUCACUAAGGCAUUUAUCAAGUCCCCGGAAACCCUUUUCGCCCUCGAGCACAUGAGGGACAGGUACUGGCACAACAUGGCCACCAGAAUCCAGCGCAUGUGGAGGGCCUACCUGGCCUACCGUGCCGAGUCUGCUACUCGGAUCCAGCGCUUCUGGCGUAAGAAGCGCACUGGCGCUGAAUUCCUGCAGCUUCGCGACCAGGGACACCGUGUCCUUGGCAAUCGCAAGGAGCGACGACGUAUGAGUCUGCUCGGCUCUAGAAGGUUCCUGGGUGACUACUUGGGUGUCAAUGCCUUGGGAGGGUUCGGUGCGCAGAUUCACAAGGCAGCCAAUAUCGGAUCCAACGAGAGAGCUGUCUUUUCGUGUCGUGCCGAGAUUUUGGAGGCCAAGUUUGGCAGGUCCAGCAAGCCUACUCCUAGAAUAAUUGUUGUGACUGGCAGCAAGUUUUACAUCAUCUCUCAGGCGUUGGUGAACGGGCAGCCUACGAUUUCCGUUGACAAGGCUGUUCCCCUGGGUGCUAUCAAGUACAUAAGUACCUCGACGGCCCGCGAUGACUGGUUCUCUCUGGGCAUCGGGUCCCAGCAGGAACCUGACCCUCUGAUGAACUGUGUUUUCAAGACGGAGAUGUUCACGCAGAUGAAGCAGGUGAUGCCUGCCGGCUUCAACCUCAAAAUUUCCGACAUGAUUGAAUACGCCAAGAAACCCGGCAAGAUGCAGCAGGUCAAAGUCCUGAAGGACUCCCAAAUGCCAGCUGACUUCUACAAAAGCGGAGCUGUCCACACUCAGCAGGGGGAGCCCCCUUCAUCUGUGUCCAAACCGACGCCCAAGGCCAAGCCUGUGCCACCCAAGCCCAUCACCCGCGGCAAGCUGAUCAAGCCCGGGGGUCCCAACGGACGCCCGUCCAGGCUGACGGGCAACCGAACUGCCAAGCCCAGACCUGGGGCCAACAAUGUGCGAAGUACUCUUCAGCCUCCAGCUGCCCUCAGUUCUGGCCCCAGUCCUGCAGCUAGCAGCCCUGCCAUCGCAAAGCCGACGCCGACGCCGAUUGCCGCCCAGACUUCUUCUGCCUCUAUUCCUAGUCACACAAGGAAUCAGAACAGCAUCACAAGAGCGCCGCCGCCUCCUCCUCCGCCUCCUGCGGGCCCGCCGAAAAUCAUGGCUAAGGUUCUAUAUGAUUUUGCCGGUCAGAGAGACAAUGAGCUAUCGAUCGUCGCCGGCCAGAUAAUUGAGAUCGUGCAGAAGGAAGACAAUGGAUGGUGGCUGGGCAAGACGGAUGCCGGCCAGGCUUGGGUGCCAGCCGCCUACGUGGAAGAACAGGCCCGUCCCCCGCCCGUCAAAUCUAAGCCUGCACCUCCAGCGCCCCCUGCCAAGCGACCCGCCGCUGCCCAGAAGCCUGCCGACCUUCAGCAGCGAGACUCAGGAAUGAGCCUUAAUGGGGUCAAUGGAAGUUCAUCGGACACGAGUCGCAGCACCACGCCGCAGGGCAGCCUGGGUGGCAGUCUAGCGGAUGCCCUCCUGGCGAGAAAGAAUGCCAUGCAGAAGCAAAAGGACGACGAUGACGACUGGUAA